AGGAAAAACCAUCGGAAGUCCGAUUGCUCCGAAUUGGAAGCAAGGUGGUAAAAGAUAACUUGGAAAUUUUCACGCAUUGAACGCUUAUUUGGGAACUCACGAUGGAGGUUGCGUGUAAAGUAAAUAUAAAAAUGCAUACAAAAGUAAAAUAUAAAAUUACAUUAUGAUUUUGUUAACUUGAAUGAUUGACAAGAUCAUAAUAGUGGAAGCUAGUUUUCUUGCAGCAUCGACGCACUUGGACGACGCACCGUGUUUUUUACUGGUCAGAAAGUUCCCGUAUUUCCUACUCGGAAUUAUAACUCAACUCGCAGGUGGACUUCAACGGGAUUUCCCAGUCGGAAGGCGGUCAUUUCGAUAAUCCAGCAUGAGUUACCAACAUUUACAGCUUUUCAUAAAUUCAUAAAAGUUGUGUUCAAUCUUGUGGACUGAACUGCAGUUCCAGAGUCUUCGCCAAUUUCUGUGAGGAAAAUGGAAUACUACUUAUGACAUCAUCACAACCCUUUCUACUCAGUGAUUGGUGGGAGUGAGAUUACCACCAGGACCAGAGUACAGGAAGAUGCCUUUGGGUGAAGAUGGAAAUGGCUGGAAAAAGAAAACGUCGGACAUUAAAGAGAACUAUGACUUCAAGGAAGUCCUGGGCACGGGGGCAUUCUCUGAGGUGGUCCUGGCUGAGGAGAAGAUGACCCACAGGCUGGUCGCCAUCAAGUGCAUCCCCAAGAAAGCUCUGGAGGGAAAGGAGAACAGCAUCGAGAAUGAGAUUGCCGUCCUCCACAAGAUAAAACACACCAAUAUAGUCUCGCUGGAGGACAUCUUUGAGAGCAAAUCUCACCUGUACCUGGUAAUGCAGCUCGUCUCUGGCGGCGAGCUCUUUGACAGGAUCGUGGAGAAGGGCUUCUACACAGAGAAAGACGCCAGCAAACUUAUUCAGCAGAUCCUGGAUGCUGUCAAGUACCUCCAUGACAUGGGCAUUGUGCACCGGGAUCUGAAGCCGGAGAACCUGCUGUACUACAGUAUGGAUGAGGACUCCAAGAUCAUGAUCAGCGACUUUGGGCUGUCCAAGAUGGAGGGGUCUGGAAGUGUGAUGUCCACGGCGUGUGGGACACCUGGAUAUGUGGCUCCUGAAGUCCUCGCUCAGAAACCGUACAGCAAGGCUGUGGACUGCUGGUCUAUAGGAGUCAUCUCCUACAUUCUUCUAUGUGGAUAUCCUCCAUUCUACGAUGAAAAUGAUGCCAAACUCUUUGAGCAGAUCCUCAAAGCAGAGUAUGAGUUUGAUUCUCCAUACUGGGAUGACAUCUCCGAUUCAGCCAAAGAUUUCAUCAUUCACUUGAUGGAGAAAGACCCCAGGAAGAGGUACACGUGCGAGCAGGCUCUGCAGCACCCCUGGAUAUCUGGAGACACUGCACUGGAAAAGAACAUCCAUGAAUCUGUUAGUGCUCAGAUCCGGAAGAACUUUGCCAAAAGCAAAUGGAAGCAAGCAUUCAAUGCCACAGCAGUGGUCAGACACAUGAGGAGGCUGCAGCUGGGGACCAGUCAGGAGGGGCCCAGCCAGAUCACCCCCACCAGCCCCUGCCAGGGCGACCUGCUGCUGCCCGAGGAGGAGGAGGAGGAGGAUGCUGAGCCGCACUGCGAAGAUGGCUGUUCCCAGAAUGCCGAGGGGAUUGAGGAGCAGGACAGCCUGAAGAACUGUACCUACUGCUGUCACCCAGUCAGCCGCGUCUGAGCAAGAACGCGUCUCUGUGACAACCAGUUUGACUGGAGCCCAGAACCCCCCAGUCUGGCCAGGAAUACAGAGUUAUUCCAGCAGUGUCCACCAGGGGGUGCUGCUGUGUUAAGAAUCCUAGGUGAGGAGGGACAUUGUGUCAGUGGAGGGAAGACUAAAGGUGAGCAUUGACACAGAAGGGAGGGAGUACAGGAGAACCAGGCCCAGGUGCAUCAUGGGGAACAUUGUGGCAGUUUUCCUUUUCAUAUAUGUGGGCUAUUUUACUGUAAAUGUUUUUUUUUGUUAAAGUUUUCAUAUCUCUUUCAACAUCAUAACAUUUACCAUCCUGGAAACUGCCGCAUUUAUAUGAAGGCUGCUGUCUGUCCACAAAACAUAAUGGCACAGGGCCGUCUUGUUCCUGUGUCACAUUAAGCUUCCAUUUUGUGAUUAGAAAGUCUUUCCCGUGGAUAGGCUACUCUUCAAUAGAGGUGUAGUUCCCUCCAAUAAGCAGUCACAUACUCACAUUAGGUACUGGACUAGGUUCACUUAUCUUUAUGUUUUUUUAAUACUAAUUAUCUCAUUGCUUAAAGCACAAGGGUAAUGCAUGAAAAAUAUUUCUCUUAGGUUUCAGUGUGCUUGCAAAAUGACAACAAGACAUUUUGGUGCCUUGAGAAUUAUUUAUGCUUGCCAAUUAAUAAUUUUUUUUUUUUAAAUUAAGAUCAAAUAUCUUUGCAUGUCCACAUAGGAUAAAUUUUCUGCAUUCACUUUCAGACGUUCUUUUUAAAGUACUAUCUGGCUAUCAGAAGCUGUUGAUUUUUUUCUUUUUAUGUUUUGUAUUGUACAGAGGCAAAUGUAACUUACAAUACAAGUCAUUCUGAAAAAAAUAUAUCAAAUUAAUUUAAUAGUUUUUCGGGCUUUUUUAAUUCAGGUUAUAGAGUAAGACUAUUGAGUAGGGUUAUUUUCUCUCCCGAGACAAAUGUUGCAAGUGAAAGAAGGUUUUAAUUUAUGAAACAACCAAAUUCUGUAUUCAAUUAUUUGUUUUAUUUGAAUCAGCUGUAAAUGAUUUUGACUGGAGAGCCUCUCGUGUGCAUCUUUGUUGAGGACAUGGACAUGUUGCUGACUGCCUCAGUGGGGCUUCCUGCCUCUCGGUCAUGUUCACCUCAAUCAUGAUUUUUCCUGUCAUCAGAUCAGUCUUUUUUCUUUUGUCUUUGUCUUUUAAUGUUAUUAUUUGUGAAUCCACAUGUCAGUGAGGUCACAUAAGAUUAGGCGUAAACCUCUAUGUUUUCGGUCUUCUGUUUCAUAUUUGAAAAAAAAAAAACCAUUUGAAAUACAUUAUAAUCACUAUUUAUUUCUGUACUCUACAUUUACAGUAUGGUGAAUGUUUAGUAUAGUUGAAAUAAGCAUCACUCAAUGCUAUGACUACUACCCUGACACAAAGGCUCUGUUGAUCACUAUUGGUCAUUUUUAGGAUUUCCUAUUUUAGCUUUCAUUUGGAUUUGUUUCUCUGAAGCACUGCUGCACCUGUUUAGAAAGCAACUGAACUGUACAUUUUUACAAAAAGAUUCCAAUAUCGCAUCUUCUGCUUUGCAUUUUCACCCUGCUACCUCAGUCAUUGUCCUCAGCUGCUACUGUUUUGUCUAGUUUGUCUGUGUUUUCUGUAACAGCCGCUAUUAUCUAGCUGAUAUUCUUGAAGAGCAGGUUUAAGAUGUCAACAGUGUUACCAGUUUUUAACAUCGAGAGUUUGGGCAGAGAGUGGUGAAGUUAUUCACAAAUGUGUGAGAUCAGAGGAAUGUGAGAUGUACGUGAACGUGUUCCUCAGAGUUAAGAAGUUUAAGCCGAGCAGUCGGCUGCAGAGUUUCAGAAAUAAGGGAGUAAACUUCCAGUUUUUGUGUGAAUGCAUUCAGUAGUCACUCAUUUACACACUAGGAUCUGUUUCAAUUGGUGUUAAAUUCAUGCAUAUGCAUAUAAUUCUCUGAUUGAGCCGUUCGCUAUAUGGAGAAAAUGUUGAACACAGAUGCUUGAAAUUUACACAGUCGGAAUGAGAAACCGCUGGGGUCAGGUGACAUUUGAACAUCUUCUGUGGCUUGUGUCACAUAUUUGCAGGUGGAACUUUAAUUCAUCUUCACUUAAAAAGGUUUGCCCGUCUUUGCACGCCAUUUGUGAGUGUGUUCAUUGCAGUGAGUCAGUCUGAGGACUGAAAUCGCAAUAUUCUUUAUUUUGCAUGAACUUGUGUUCAUGAGCAUGUAGGAAACUGGAUGCCAAGUCCAUGCAUCUUUCAUGCAUCUGACAGUUGUUUCCACACUAUUUAGAGGCAUAUACUCAUAUUACCAGAAGCUUACACACUGAUAUAUUUGUGCACAAACUGACACCCACACAAAUAUUUAUGUCUUCUAUAGCAGGUGUUAAAUAUGAUUUACAUUCCCACACACAUGCACACACACACACACACAGGUGGGCCAUUCUGUUAGGCAGCAAACUGACUGCCAUCACUCCUCCCACAUUGAAGUUGAAUUGGUUUUUGAGCUCAAGGUUUGCGAGAGUGUCCCAGCUCACCUAGGCCCCAGGGCCCAUGCUAGACCGUUUCACACUCUCUGCUGACUGCCCAUGGCCUGGACUCUUUAUUCUGCGUCAGACUGGGUCCAGAAGGGCUCUGGUUCCAAGCAUCUGCAUGUGUCCUGUGGGACAGCACAAAAUUGUGGGGGAAUAAAAAAAAGAAAGCGAAAGUUUGUAUCUUAUGACUGUCUAUUAUAUGAAGUAACCCAAGGUUUCUACCACAGUACUUUAUUUGGUAUGAAUCUCCAACCUCCAGGUCGUGAGCCUUGCUUCUGACAAGUCUAUGGCCUGCCUGUGAGGCGGGGUGGGGAGAGGAGGGAAUGGCCGUCUGACUCCCAAAUUUCCGUCCAAAGAAAGUGUGUGUCAUCGUGCACCAGCGACCCCUCUGGCCAAUCAGGUACCUGCAGUCUGCCUGCUUGAACUACAAAUCAAGCUUCAGUCUUUUGGCUCUGUGUCUAUGUGAGCUUAUCUAGUGGACUUAUCUAGUGUUUCAAAGAAGAGCACGUAGUGCCACACAUUCCCCUGACCUGACAGGGGAGGUUUAAGUAAUCAGCAAGAACAUACACAAAUUGGGGAUUCCAAAUUAGGAUAGCGUAGGGAUCAUUAAACAGCAGGAAGUUCCACCGCCUCAGUGUUAAACUGUGUCGCAGUCCAUUCCUGGUCAUAUGGUCACACUGAAGCUGUGAACCGUUUCUGCAGUCUCCUCUUCAGACCCCCAGUGACCAGUCAUGGGGAAAUAGUUGCCCACGAACGUUGGUCUGCCUUCUGACAAAUAAAUGGGCUCAUAUUUACUAUAAAUUACAACCUGUCUUUUCCGAAAGGGCUUUUUAUGGUAACCUUAAAAGCAUAUCGUAAUUUUGUAUUCUGAAAUGUUUGGUUAAGUCAGAAACUUCAGCUACGUUUAGCAAACUGACGAACAGGUUUAAGAAUGUUUACACAGAGGUAAAAAUACAAAAAAAAAAAAAAGUAGAUUGGGGUUAAGCGGCCAUUCCCUCCUUCCUCCUUGCUGGCCGGACCUGUUUUGCCGAACCUCUGGGUGAACUCUAAUUUUGUGUUCUCUGUUAACUUUAUGCUUUGUUCCUGUCAUGGAAGAGGUAGUGAACUAUUGUUGCAUGACCUGGUUACUCUGUGUAAGUGAUUGAUGAAAAAAAAAACUAUAUGAAUAUAUACACAUGUAAUUAUACUGUUGUCAUAAAAAAAAAUUGUGAAGCGAGGAAUUUUCACACCGGGGGUGACGAUGCGGGCAGACGGUACUGCGUCGUCUGCACUGAAUCACAGGACAUAUCUGACAUGCGCUGGCCUGGGUGGGUGGCACGCCGACAUCACAUUCACAUAAGAUGUUGGCCGGGCACGGUACUUUGCUGUACAUUUGUAGUGUUUUUACUUUUAGCUUGGCUCUGAGUUGAUUAGUUGCUCUUGCACUGCAGGAUAAGUCCGCCUCUCCUUAACGCGCUACGUAUGCUGUAAGGAGGCACUGGAUGCUAAUGCAUGUAUCCACAGCUGCCACUGGGAAUUCUGUUAGCGCUGCUAGAUUUGUGUUAAAGAAUAUAGGCAUUACAGGCUUUUUUACCAGUUAGAGUCAGGUCAUCCCUCUGAAAGCGGGGUUUUCAAACUCAGUCCUGGUGGAUCCCUUUGUAUGCUGUCUGUUGUUAACUCCAAUCACUUCGUUUUUGAGUUAUUGCAGAAUUUAUUCCUAUAAUACAGUGCAGUUUUGUCUCCUUGUUUUGAUUUCAGUGACCAGGUGUCCACACUUUUAGCAGUUUGGAUGUGUUUUAGCUGAGGGUCAGUCAUUUAGCCCAUUUAAAAUGCAAGUCAUUUACCAUAAAGCACAUUUAGGUCCAGGAAUCUGAAUCUGGGGUAUUUAUUAUCUGUGGCUGUACAUUGUUGUUUCUGUAUGGCUUACUGUGAGAGGGAACAAAACUCCUCCAUAGGCACUAAAAAUGUGAAGUUAAGAACAGUUAACUGCUUGCUUUGAUUCAGAAUACUCAGAGCCCGCCCAAAAUUGUGUUUGAAAACCCCAGCUCUAAAGCUAGUAGUGAAGAAUGCCCUCUUGUCAGGGCUGGGUUAUUCUGGUGUUGUGGAAGUCUGGGUAGAAAGGAGUGAACUGAGGGAUUGCUCUCUUUAAUUCAGCAAGCCUGGGAUAACAGACCUUCUCUGUCCCUCUAUGUACAGCCUGCUGAAGCUCUUUCAUGGAGCUGUUCGCUCCUGCUGAAUGGUUUGUCAUGAACUCGGAAUAUGAAAUUUUACUCCUGACCAACCGAGUGUUAGAUUGUUCAGAACUGCUGAAGUCUGAUAAUUAAUUUGAAAAUGGCUUGUAAAUAUCCAAAAUAAUGAUGCUUGCUUACAUUCGAAGCCACACAUUCAAUAUAUACUGCUAUAUGGGAGCUGAAGGCCUGGACAACCUUUUGAUUGCAGCAGACUUCCCUACCGAUGUUAUGGAGGAGGGUGAUUUGAUCAGAGGAGGAUCCGUAUCAUAGCUCAGCAAUGGCAGGCAGUGGGGUGGAGAGAGUGCACAGAGCAGAAUGAGAGGCUAAACUCAUCAUACUACCUCUAAUUUCGCCAAAUAUCCAUUCCUUUUCCUGCCCUACUAGCUAAGAGCAUUAGCUUCAAUAAAAUAAAUAGUGGCUAUAGAAUUAAAUUACUGUACUUGCCAGAAGUUUAUGAUUAAAUAUAAUAUCAGAAUAUCAAGUCACAUAGACAUAUAUAAGAUGCUUUCCCUAAACAAUCAUGUGUGCCACCAUAAAGUUUAAAGUACAUUUGCACAAAGCAAGAAGUUAUUCUGGCAUUAUUAUUUAAAAGAAAAACUCAUUAUGCAAAUGUCUCUGAAGGGCUUACUUAUUAAAUUUAAAAUAGUCUAUCGUUACUCAUUAGUUUUGAUCUGGCCAUGGUAAAACUUAAGUUUGGUUGAGAGAUUGGUUUGAAUGUUCCUCUCUUUAAAAGUGUUUCUGUUGUUAACCUUUGGUUUUUGUUAGAUAAUAUUACUGAGAUACGGUCAGUACAUGUAUGUAUGUUAUAUAAACACACACGCAUACACACACAUAUAUAUAUUAAAAUAUAUAUAUAGUAUAUCUUUUUUGUAAAAGCUGUUUUGAGCUACUAAUGUAUGGAUGCAAUGCAUCGUGGGUAAAUGAAUAUUAUUAUGGAGUACUGCUCAAUAUUAAAGCCACUGAUUUGUACCUUUGAAGAUUUGGUAGCGGCCAAUAAAAUAAAACUUCCUUGUCUAUGCA